CUUCUGCAACACCGUUCUUGGAAUUAGGAAUAAACAUAAAUUACGAGUGCUACCCUCACAAAAGUGGGUGAAAUGAAAUUCGUUUGAUAUAUAAUUAAUAGGGAAAGUUACGAAAAUCGCAAUCUGUUACAUCGCCUUGUGGAAGAAAUAAAGUGAAAAAAAACCUUGAAACAAGACUUAUUGGCCGUCUACAAACAUCCGUUCAUGUAAACUUGAAUAAAUUGUCAACAAUCAAUCGGAAAGUGGUCACUGGAUAAGACUUCCGCUCUAAUACUGCCAAACACACACGAUUCAACGAGCCGUCCGUAGGCUCACACCAACAUUAACAAGUAUCAGCAGCAACUUGAUAAUUACUUUCAAAAUGACACCAAUGAAGAAAUGUUUGGUAGGUUUGCUUAUUGUGGCAGCGAUCAGCGAGUGCGUCCAUGGAGCUAAAAGACCUACUACUACUACAUCACAGAUCUCGGACUUGUCACGAAAACUCGAUCGUUUGGAACAAAAAGUAUCUACAUUACAGCGUGAUGUAGCUCUCCUGAAGAAAACGAACGGUCAGCUGACUAGUCAAAUACAAACUGCCAACAAUGAGAUUCAACGAGUAAGCUCAAGGAACGACGGCCUUCAAGAAAUGUUAAGCCAAUUUGAAAAAUUCUUCGGCCAUCUCUACACUGAAUCAGGGGCAUUUGACACUCCAAUUGGAAGCAGUGUCGACAAGAGGAUCAAUAAGAUUAAUUCAUUUGUGGGCGACUCAGAAGCUGCUCUUGUGGGGAUGAAUCCAGACAUACUGUACACGAAGCUUGGAGUUCCACACGACACGGCACCGACCAACGUCUCCGAAGAAAUGAUGGCCAAAGCCGUCAUGAAACUGGCAACGGAGAACAAGGAGAUGUCAAACAAGGUUAACAGCCUGGAGGCUAAGGUAGUGGAAUCGUCCAAAUCAAGUAGUCGUGGUAUCAGCACUGCUGAACUUGAAUUGACCAAGGAUCGGGUGGAUAAACUGGAAGAAAUGGUUACUAUUCUCAUCGUAGACAACGAGCGUACUGCCACUGCCGCACGUACCGCAGGCCAGCAAGCAGAAUAUGAAGAGAUGGUAGAGGAAGCCCUCGUCAGCGCAAGAUCAGCUUCGACUACACGCAAAUCAGUGUUCUCUGCUGCACGAAAUAAUGAUUUAUUGGGAACAUAUUAUCCACAAACCAUCACCUUCGAUCAUACAUUUGUCAAUAAAGGGGGAGACUUCAAUGCCGAAAACGGCACAUUCAACUGUGAAUGGACUGGAUAUUACUUUUUUACGUUUACGCUGCGUACGCUUGAUCAUCAUUACAUCGGAGUAACGUUGAUGAAAACCUCGGCCGCGACGGGCAACACUGAGGUAGUGACGGGAAUGUACAUAGACCAGCACGAACGCAACACUAUGGAAUCGCAAAGCGUUUCGAUACAUCUACAAACCGGGGAUACUGUUUGGUUACGCUUGGGACCAUCUGACCAAUACGCAGUCUCCAGUGACACAUUCCUCUACACCACGUUUACAGGAUUCUUGAUAUACAAAGGCAACUAAAAUAAAUCUAAAGGACUAUAAUGAGUGACAGAAAACUUGUGAACUGUAAUGGUACCAUACAUUGUUGUGUAUGAAAGAUCACUGUACGAAAUUCCAUUCACACCAGCGUCCGUCCACAUACAACAAACUUGUGCCUGUUUUGAUGACACAUCAUCAAUCCGCUUUCGACUUACAGAAUAGCGUUUUUGCAAAAUAGCAUUCCAAGUAGAUCGAUUAUUUGCCAUAUAUGACACAUAGACCUACAGUAUUAUGUGGUAAAAGUGGUUCUUCUGUUGUAUUUGAUAAGGACUUAGUGAGAGUCUGAAUAUUAUGCGAUGAUAAUGACUCAUUUGCAAAUAAUGGACAAGAGCCAUCCUAAUUUUGUAAAUAAUCCGCGAAGUAGAUACCUUUGUACUGUGCAUUGCUAAUUCGUUAAUAAAUAGGCCUACUUUAUACAAAUAUUAUUGCGUUUGUUUCGUGAUUACAAUGUAUACUUUUAAAACACAAAGGUUAUACACGAACUUGUUUGGGUUAAACGCAAAUUAUUUAAUAACAUCUUCACAGUAUUUUUUCUGGCAAACUAUUAUUUUGCACAAAUAAAUAAGACAGUAAUUUAUUGAAGGCUAAAACAUAUUAGACAAUAUUAUAAUCAGUAUAGACCAAAGAAGAGUAAGUUUACCCAUUUGGAAUUUAGUUAACUGAAGGACAUAACGCUCUCUAUUUGUAUUUACUUACUUUGUCAAUCGACACUAAUUCUAAGCAGGAUUAAGUAUACAAUAAAUACCACUAUUAUGACUGAAUACAACGACCGAAAAAGAGGAAACGUUAUACUUGAUUGGUGCGAUUUAGAUCUUAAUAUUAAGAAUAAUAAUUAUGCUGUCAAUGUGUUGCGCAGAUUUGUUACCUGAAUCGAAUAAAUAAUAUCUUGAUUGUACAUUUUUUUCAUUAUGUUAUUUAACUAUAUAUUAAAUAUAAAUCAAAAAGGUA